AUGGAUUCACAGAACAAAACCGAAGGGACAGAAUUCAUCCUCCUGGGCUUUUCCAGCCUUUUGAGCCACCAGGUUCACCUUUUCUUGGUGUUCCUGGCUGCCUAUUUGGCCACGCUGAUGGGCAACUUCAUGAUCAUAACCCUGGUUCUCCUGGAUUCCUGCCUUCACACCCCCAUGUACUUCUUCCUCAGCCAGCUCUCCUGCUUGGAUAUUUGCCUUUCUUCUGUGGUUGUACCAAAGAUCCUGGUGAACCUCCUACGCCAACAUCACACCACUUCCUACAACCAAUGCCUGGCACAAGCCUUCUUCCUGAUCGGCUUUGCAGGAUGUGAGCCAGCAUUGCUGGCCGUCAUGGCUUAUGACCGUUAUGCUGCCAUCUGCCAACCUUUGCACUAUGCCCACCUGAUGAGGGGAGAGUUGUGCAUCCAGCUAUCUCUGGCCAUCUGGCUCUGGGGCUUCCUGGACUCAACGAUUUACAUUGCUCUGGCCUCCAGGUUGGAGUUUUGUGGAAACCACCAGAUUCCUCAUAUCUUUUGUGAUGGUCCCCCAUUACUGAAGAUUGCUUGCAGUGAUACGUCCAUCAAUGAGUUGGUCACUCACAUCAUUGGCACCUUUGUGGGUCUUGUCCCUCUUGUGCUCAUCAUCCUGUCCUAUUUCUACAUUUUGUCCUCCAUUUUGCAGAUCCGCUCCAAGAUCGGCAGGCGCAAAGCCUUCUCCACCUGUGCUUCACACCUUGCCGUAGUAACACUCUUUGUUGGAAAC